GAUGAAAAUAAAGGAAUCAUACGAACCACUUUAAACAGAAAGAAAAUCAGGAGGGGAGAGAACGAGAAAGGAAAGAGAAUUCCGGCGAAAACCAGAAUCACCUCUGUUCAAAUAACCGCUUUUGAUCCUCUCUCAUUAUCUCUCAAACAUUCAACGUAUCUGAAACCCUAAGCCACGGCUUCUUCAACCACCUCGCGAUAAUACUUCCAAUACCUGUUAGACAUGGCCGGUAAGCUUUCGACCUAUGGAGGCGUGGGCUAGGGUUUCAUUUCGUUUCGUUUCGUUUUCGAUCUCAGAUGAAUUGUAAUUGAAACAUUGAUGAAAGCAAGUAUCAAUAUUUGAAUUUUCCGGUACCGGAGAAGCUUGAAUUAUGGCGGGCGGGAAGCGAGGUUUGGUGAAGUUACGGAGAUGUGCGCGGACGAUAUAUUUCAUGGUGGCAAUGGUGGCGUCGCUGCUGCUUCUCUCGGCCCCUGUGUUGGUGGCGAUAGGCGAUGUAUUGGUGCAUUGUUUGUUGGUUUCGAGUUUUACAUGCGUGACAUGUUAUGGCUUCAAAGAACAUUUGCAUAGAUACGAUUUCAGGAGUUCUUUGACGGAUAUUCCUCUGGUUUCGAUCAUCAGAUCUAUCAUAAUUACGUCUGUUUAUUCAAUGUGUGAUGGCCCUGCUCUCUCAAAUGGGCCGUAUCUUGGAACUACAAUGCUGUGUUCUUUCAUUUCAGUUCUUCUUCUUUCGGUUAAGACUUGUAUUUUCACCAUCAAUUCUCAAAUUGAGGCUGAAGCUUCAUCUUCUCUCUCAAGGGAGAAGGUCCAUUCAAAGAAGUCAUGGGGAAUGCCUAUCUUGUUUCUCUCAUCUGUGGUAUUUGCCCUUGGCCAUACUAUUGUUGCUUAUAGAACAAGCUGCAGGGUACGGAGGAAACUCCUAUUUCAUCAAGUUGACCCGGAAGCGGUUCUUUCCUGCAAAACUGUUCUAUCUGGCUACCAGAAAGUUCCACGAUCUCCCACUCCCUCUGCAGGCAAUACACCAAAAAGUGACAGUGAAAUGAAGCGAAAACAUACAAGGACAUCCCGUGAUGAACGGGAAAUUCCAGUUACAUUCCUUGCUGACAUUGAUAGCUUAUUCAUCUCUUGCCAAGGGCUUACCCUGCACUACAAGAUUACCAUGUCUGGUUUGCCUUCUCGUUCAUUAUCCUCCACAACCUUUCUUGACAGGCCACCAUUGAAUUUUCUCUCAAAAACUCAAUACCAUCUUCACAAAAGCUUUAGCACUCAAUUCCACACCUCCCCUCUAUAUGCUCCACUAUUAGAUGGUUCUGUGACUUCUCCUGUAUCGUGUGACGAAAUUCCUGUUUGGAGCCUAGAUGAUGCAUGUGACAACGGUGAGGAAAGUGAAUUGAACUCUCCAACUUUAGAGCGGGAUUUGGAGGCAAAUGGCCAUUUUGGCAUUGUGUUAGUGCAUGGGUUUGGAGGGGGAGUAUUUUCAUGGAGGCAUGUGAUGGGUGUUUUGGCACAACAGGUUGGUUGCAUGGUUGCCGCUUUUGAUCGGCCUGGUUGGGGGUUGACCUCGAGGCUAUGCCGUAAAGACUGGGAGGAAAAUCGAUUGUCUAAUCCUUACAAGCUUGAAACUCAGGUUCACCUGCUUCUUUCUUUCUGUUCGGAGAUGGGGUUUUCUUCAGUUAUACUUGUUGGUCAUGAUGAUGGAGGCCUGCUUGCUUUAAAGGCUGCAGAAAAAGUCCGUGCAUCAGAGAAUUUUGUAAAUGUUGAGAUCAAGGGCGUGAUAUUGCUUAGCGUAAGCUUGUCUAGGGAAGUGGUUCCUUCCUUUGCUAGAAUACUAAUGCGAACUUCACUUGGGAAGAAGCACUUAGUUCGUCCUCUACUGCGGACAGAAAUCACUCAAGUGGUUAAUCGGUGUGCAUGGUAUGAUGCUACCAAGCUAACAACAGAAGUUAUAAACCUCUACAAGGCCUCAUUAUGCGUGGAAGGUUGGGAUGAAGCACUGUACGAGAUAGGAAGACUAUCAUCGGAGACUGUCCUCUCACCAUGGAAUGAAGCAUCAUUGUUUAAGGCAAUCGAUGACUUGCCAGUUUUGGUUAUUGCUGGUGCUGAAGAUGCCUUUGUUCCUCUAAAAUCUGCUCAAGCCAUGGCAUCAAAAUUCGUAAAUUCUAGAUUGGUAGCCAUAUCUGGAUGCGGCCAUCUUCCACAUGAGGAAUGCCCCAAGGCAUUACUUGCAGCUAUACAACCCUUUAUAAGCAGACUCUUAUUAAAACAAGAGUCAUAAAGCCAAUAGUAUGCUUCUUUCUAACUUAUAGAUAGGAUAUUAUCUGUUGUUGGGGGGGGCCUUUCAUCUUCUUCUCUAUUUUUUUUUUCACCUGAAAGGAAAGAGCCCAAUGGUCAUCUCUUCUUUAGGUAUUUUAGACAUGUAUAUAAGUUCAGGGCCUGAGUCUAACCCUAAUUCUGUGGGGUUUUAGAGCACUCUCUAUCGUUCUUUUUUCAAGUUUUCAUUGUCAAGACCUCAUCGAUGAGUUAAAGGUUUUUUCUUGUUAUUUUCACUUAAAGAAGUGGGAAUAACAUAAUCUGUACAUUCUUUUUCUAUUUUUAUUGGAAUGCAUGCAUUGAAGCA